AUGGAGGGGUUGAUCAUCCUAUCAUUGGAUGGUAAAGCAGCGGUGGCUUUGUCUAGCGAUGCAGUAAAGUUCGCCUACCCCGCCCGGCGUGACCAGUCAGAAUCUGAGCUGAGCUGGACUAGACUGCACUGGACUGUUGCCUUGAGUGCUGCUUGGGUGGGUGGCCAUGUCAGUCGGUACUGCAGAGGUGGAGUUCGGCUAGGGGGAGGGGCCGGUAUCUACCUAAUUUCGAUGCAUGUUUGCCACGGCCUGUUCAACUGCUGGGGUCUGGAUUUAGUGGAUGAUGUUGUCGGCUACGCUUUGGUCGUGGCGGUUGCUGGGGCCGUAACUGCCCAUAGAUAA